UCGGGCAAGGGGAAGGGGAGGCGCAUGCGCACGCCGUGUUAGUGAUGGAGGAGAGAAGAUGGCGGAAGCGGAAUUUAAGGAUCACAGUGCAGCUAUGGAUAGCGAACCAAACUCUGGAACAUCUUCAGUGUCAACAACAGCCAGUAGCACUACCACCACCACUAUCACCACUUCCUCCUCUCGAAUGCAACAACCGCAGAUCUCUGUCUACAGUGGUUCAGACCGACAUGCUGUUCAGGUAAUUCAACAGGCAUUGCAUCGCCCCCCCAGCUCGGCUGCUCAGUACCUCCAGCAGAUGUACGCGGCUCAGCAACAGCACUUGAUGCUGCACACGGCUGCUCUUCAGCAGCAGCAUCUCAGCAGCUCCCAGCUCCAGAGCCUCGCUGCUGUCCAGGCAAGCUUGUCCAGUGGAAGGCCAGCUACAUCCCCGACAGGAAGUGUCACACAGCAGUCAAGUAUGUCCCAGACAUCUAUCAACCUCUCCACUUCUCCUACACCUGCUCAGUUGAUGAGUCGCUCCCAGGCUUCCAGUUCCACCAGUGGCAGUAUUACCCAACAGACUAUGUUACUAGGGAGUACCUCUCCUACCUUGACUGCCAGCCAAGCUCAAAUGUAUCUCCGAGCUCAGAUGCUGAUUUUCACACCCGCUACCACUGUGGCUGCUGUGCAGUCUGACAUUCCUGUUGUCUCGUCGUCAUCGUCACCCUCCUGUCAGUCUGCAGCUGCUCAGGUUCAGAAUUUAACAUUACGCAGCCAGAAGUUGGGUGUCUUAUCUAGCUCACAGAAUGGCCCACCAAAAAGCACUGGUCAAACUCAGUCAUUGACAAUUUGUCAUAAUAAAACAACAGUGACCAGUUCUAAAAUCAGCCAACGAGACCCUUCUCCAGAGAGCAAGAAGGGAGGAAGCCCAAGCCUGGAAUCUCGAAGCACAGCGGUCACUCGGACUUCAAGCAUUCACCAGUUAAUAGCACCAGCUUCAUAUUCUCCAAUUCAGCCUCAUUCUCUAAUCAAACAUCAACAGAUUCCUCUUCAUUCACCACCUCCUAAGGUUUCCCAUCAUCAGCUGAUUUUACAACAGCAACAACAGCAGAUUCAGCCAAUCACCCUUCAGAGUCCAACUCAAGAUCCGCCCCCAUCCCAGCACUGUAUCCCACUUCCAAAUCAUGGCCUUUCUCCAGCUCCUAGUAAUGCCCAGUCACAGCAUUGCUCACCAAUUCAGAGCCAUCCCCCUCCUUUAACUGUGUCUCCUAAUCAGGCACAGUCGGCACAGCAGUCUGUAGUGGUGUCUCCUCCUCCACCUCAUUCCCCAAGUCAGUCUCCUACUAUAAUUAUCCAUCCACAAGCACUUAUCCAGCCACACCCUCUUGUGUCUUCAGCUCUUCAAACAGGGCCAAAUUUGCAGCAGGCUACUGCUGAUCAGGUACAACCCACAGCACAGCUGAAUCUUCCAUCCCAUCUUCCACUUGCAGCAUCCCCUGUUGUACACAUUGGCCCAGUCCAACAGUCUGCCUUGGUGUCCCCUGCUCAGCAGAUUGUGUCUCCAACAUCACACCAGCAAUACUCAGCCCUGCAGUCAUCUCCAAUUCCAAUCGCAACCCCUCCACAGAUGUCGACAUCUCCUCCAGCUCAGAUCCCACCACUGCCCUUGCAGUCUAUGCAGUCUUUACAAGUGCAGCCUGAAAUUCUAUCCCAGGGCCAGGUUUUGGUGCAGAAUGCUUUGGUGUCAGAAGAAGAGCUACCUGCUGCAGAAGCUCUGGUCCAGUUGCCAUUUCAGACUCUUCCUCCUCCACAGACUGUUGCGGUAAAUCUCCAAGUACAGCCACCAGCACCUGUUGAUCCGCCAGUGGGAAUGCAUUUGAACCAGUGUCAUCUGCACAAAGUUUUUUCUCUUAAGGUUUAUCAAGUAGAAGAUGUGUGUGAGGAAGAAAUGCCAGAGGAGUCAGAUGAGUGUGCGAGGAUGGACAGAACACCACCACCACCCACUUUGUCUCCAGCAGCCAUAACUGUGGGCAGAGGAGAGGACUUGACAUCUGAACAUCCUUUGUUAGAGCAAGUGGAGUUGCCUGCUGUGGCCUCAGUCAGUGCUUCAGUGAUUAAGUCUCCAUCAGAUCCUGCCCAUGGCUCUGUUCCUCCACCACCACUCCUAAUUCCAGCUGCUGCUACGAGGGGCAAUAGCACAUCUAUGGCCAGCAGCGCUCCCAGCGUAGAAAACAAACCUCCACAGGCUAUUGUCAAACCACAGAUCCUGACUCAUGUUAUUGAAGGUUUUGUGAUUCAGGAGGGAUUGGAGCCAUUUCCUGUGAGUCGCUCAUCUUUGCUGAUAGACCAACCUGUGAAAAAGAGGCCUCUUUUGGAUAAUCAGGUGGUGAAUUCUGUGUGUGUUCAGCCAGAACUACAGAAUAACACAAAGCAUGCAGAUAAUUCAUCUGACACUGAGAUGGAAGACAUGAUUGCUGAAGAGACAUUAGAAGAAAUGGAUAGUGAAUUGCUUAAGUGUGAAUUCUGUGGAAAAAUGGGAUAUCCUAAUGAAUUUUUACGGUCAAAACGAUUCUGUACUAUGUCAUGUGCCAAAAGGUACAAUGUUAGCUGUUCUAAAAAAUUUGCACUUAGUCGUUGGAAUCGUAAGCCUGAUAAUCAAAGUCUUGGGCAUCGGGGCCGUCGUCCAAGUGGCCCUGAAGGAACAGCAAGAGAACAUAUCCUUAGGCAGCUUCCAAUUACUUAUCCAUCUGCAGAAGAAGACUUGGCUUCUCAUGAGGAUUCUGUGCCUUCUGCCAUGACAACUCGUCUGCGCAGGCAGAGUGAGCGGGAAAGAGAACGCGAGCUGCGUGAUGUGAGGAUGAGGAAAAUGCCUGAGAACAGUGACUUGCUUCCAGUUUCACAGACAGAGCCCUCUAUAUGGACAGUCGAUGAUGUCUGGGCCUUCAUCCAUUCUUUGCCUGGCUGCCAGGAUGUUGCAGAUGAGUUCAGGGCACAAGAGAUUGAUGGACAGGCCCUGCUCUUGCUAAAAGAAGACCAUCUCAUGAGUGCAAUGAACAUCAAGCUGGGCCCAGCCCUGAAGAUUUGUGCACGCAUCAACUCUCUGAAGGACUCUUAACAGGAACUCAAGACGUUGAUGUAAUAUCAGUUUUAUCCCUCUUAAUGGUAAUGGUAAAGCCUCAUUUGGCUGAGAAUAUCAGACUGAUGAUGGAAGGCAAGCACUUUGGGACCACCACUUGCAGUGCCGACAUUUCUCUUCAGAUACCCUAACUCAUCAUACAUUUUCAUAAUUAGCCAACGUUGGUAAAGUUAAUUUUACCAGUUACAUAUAACACUGAAAGACUUGUUACAGAGGCCCAUAUUUUUCAAAGAAACAUGUUAUACUAGAUAAUUUUUUAAAGGUAAUGUUUAUCAUUAGUAUAAAAGAAGCCUUUUAAAAAUAAUUAUUGAUUUACACCCCCCCCUUUGAUUCUGUUUUCUUAUACAUUUUUCUACCCUGUUAGUUUUCCAAAGGUUAUCAUAGAGAUAUAAGGUAAUUUAGGAGCCCAUUGACAGAAUCGAAUGCAAUGAAGUAUCAGUAUGUUUAAAAAACAUAUCUUCCUGACAAAUGCUUUGUCUUUAAAACAGGAUUGUGUUCUUGCAUAAGCAGUAUUUAUGGAGGUCACAAAAGUCUGUAUUCUAGACUUCACCCAGAUCGGCAUGACUGACAGUUUUCCUCUUGGUUUUGUACAUUAAGAGCAAUAGUUCUCAGUGGAGAGGUCUCUUUUUGUCCUCCAGGGGGCAUUUGGCAGUCUCUGGACACAUUGUGGUUACCACAGCCUGUGGCUGUUACAGGAAUCGAGGAGGUUGUAGUAGCAGCCAGAGGUGUUGCUGAAAGCUCUUCAGUGCACAGGACUAUUACCAAGAGUGACCUGUUAGAGAUGCCAGUAGUGCCAACGUUCAGAAGCUGGUGCGCAAGGAGUGCUGUGUGUUGGUCUUUUUCACGUGCAGGGAACAUACUUUAAAGAUAAGGUCUGAUAAGGAGUACAUGUAUAGUGAAGUAUUAUUCAGAUGGCAUUAAAGUUCUGCUGAAGUAUUUUUUUUUUUUCAGUUUAACUGUAUACUAGAAAAGGGAAGAAAAUCUGUAAAACUGGUCUACAAGAUUAGCGUAAUUUACAGAACAUGUGACUGAGGGUGUACGGCACUGGUCACCUUUUCCUGGCUGUUGCCCUGUACUGGUGAGGGUGGAAGAUGCAGUCAUGCCUGGGAGAGUUGGCAGUGGGGUGUGACCCAUCCGUGUGCUCUCUCGGAGCGACCCUGCUUGGAUUCUUCCCAUAAAGCAUUGAAAGUGAUUUCUCUUAAUUGAGUGUUCACUCAGCAGUUAUUUUCUGUAGAGUUAGGACGUUAAGACAGAGAUUUCUGUGGGUGCUCUGAGAGCCUUAAGUGCUGGGCAUCAGAAGAUCUUUACUACAUCAUCGAGAAAUCUCAACAGUUAAAGGAGCGGCUCACAAAUCCUGGCCACAGACAUAAGAGGCAGCAGAGUCUAAGCUUAUUCAUCUUCACUGCUCUUUCCAGAGACUGUUGAGCCAGUAGAAGACUAACAGAUGUCACAAAGGUAUCACAAAUAUUUAUCUUUUGUCUUUGUGUACAUUAGAAAAUGUUGUUAUUUUUAUACAAAAAUAUAGUGGGUAAUUUUUUUAAUCUUUAGAUGCCUCUUGUUUGAAUGUAUGCUUUGUGGGAUUGUUAACGUAGUAGUUGAAGAGGUGUUCACUGCUAGUCCUGUGUAGACUCAGAAUGUGAAAGUAGCAGGAGGCUCAUGUUUCAAACCUACAGUAGUAUAAUCUCUGUUACAUAUUUCUUUGCAUCACAUUUUGUUAUUAACGUUUCUAGAAAGGUAGGUACUCUCUAGUCCAUCCCAUUUAUUAGUAGUAAUCAGUCGUCAUGGGAGUUGUCAUAGAUUUUCCCCUCAUCCUCCUAAACAUAGACUAAGCAGCACUCAGAGAUUGCUACUAUAUGAAGGAGGCACAAAGGUAGAUUUCCUCUGGAAUUAAAACUGGAUUGUAGUAAUCCACAGUUAAUACAGAGUUGAUUGUCCAGUAUAGACCUCCAGCAAUAAUGCUUUCCCUCUUGCAAAUGCUUAUUAUAUAGCCUUUAAGGUAUUAACUCUACAGUUCUACUAGAAUCAGCCCACUGUGUGCUUAUGAGAAACCCCUGGGCCUAGCACUGCCUUUAAGUAUCCCUAAGCAGUGUACACGAAGAGUUUCUGCUGGAGAAUGCCUUCUUGUCCUUAAUCUUAGAUGUAGUCCAGAUCUUCUGUUGUCCGCACUUAAAUUCAACAAGAAAAUAAACUUUUCUCCCCUACAAGUGGGUUGUUUUAAGAAAUGGCUUGUUUGCUGUCAUUUGGUAGUUCUCCCAUUGCUGCAGGUAUUUCUUUAAUUUAAUCAUCCUAAUUUGAAAGCUUUAAUAAUAUGUAUGUCCCCCUCUCUCCUGAGCACUAGACUCUUCAGUAUGACAUAGAUAGGAAGAAUGCCAUUUUCAUUCCCUGUUGUAUUACUAAGUGCUUUAAGAACUUUCCUGGAGGAAAAAAAAAAAAAAGACAAGCAGAGGGGAACAUGAGUUCAUCCUAUUUUUGCUACUCGAGUUUGCAUUUCCUUACUUUAAAUCCUUUUCCACCAUGGGACAUACCUUUCACAUUUUAUUUAAGUUCUAUUUUCUUAGGGAAAUAAACAGCUGGCUUGUAAAAGUUACUUUAUAUGACAGUACUUACAAGCUUUGUGUAGACGUGUGCAGGGCACAGCUACACAGCUUCAUUAUAAAUCAGCACAGCAGAGGAAUGCUGUCUUCGUCCGUGACAGCUUUGAGGGCAUGGAACUGCGAUGGUUACAUUCGCUUCCAUUUGUGUGGAGUUCUUUCUAAUUGUGACAUCCGGGUUAAAGCUUCACCUGGGAGGAGAGAUGGCAGUGAGUGAGCUAGAGAGUGGCUAAGAGGCAAAUGGGGCUUCCCACUGUGUUAGUUCCAUUAUUGCAGCAUUGAACACGUUUCUGCACUUUUUGGGUUACCUAAAUAAAUAGGAGUGGGUUUGUGUGUGUGUUUAGGAAUCCUGCUGCUUCCCUCUUUUGUUGUUUGUAUUGGACCAUGCUUUUGAAUAGUUUUUCCAUAGUCAGUCUUCAUAUAAUAAGUGCAAAAUUGUUAGUCACAGAUCUGUUUACAAUAUGAGUCUUGGAUUGACGUCUUUCACAGGACACAGUUUCUUACAAGUUUGUUUAGUCGUGUGCCUCAGAACUCAGAGCCAUGCUUAAGGGACUCAGUACGAUCCUGAACCAGAGAGGUAGGGAAGGUAGUCGUGUGAUUUUAGGCUUGGAUUUCAUGUGUAUACGUGAUUUUAGAAAGAAUAAAUUACUACUGAUGCAUGUGAAUGAAGCUGAUCUUGCAGCUGUUGUCAUUGUGUGAACUCUGCCUGGUAAUACUGUUAACGCAUUUCAGACGUGUUUUCAGCCUGAGAGGCUGUAUGUUGCGGUUUGAAGACUUUCAUCCUUUGUGAUGCCAGCAACACUUGCUGCCAACUGGUAUUGUUAGUGGCAUGGAAUGGCUUCACCUCAUUUCUUUCACUAAGCCCCUUCUGCCCCCAAUCCUACCCCAAAUAAGCUGCAUAGAGCUUUCUUAUUAGUUCUUGGCUUGGGGCUGGGUAGUAUCCUGCUUGGAAAUCUUCAGGAUUUUGUAACAGGCUAGACCUUUAUAACCAUACCAGUUGUAUUUCAAUGAAAGGUUUGUCCAUCUAUGCAAAUCAUUUCCUAGGUAUGUUUCUUGUGCACCAUACAUCUAACUGUGACUAGUUGGACCUUGGACCCAUCUUGUGUGUGUGUGGUUGGGAGCUGACAGGAAGACAACAAGGCUAGCUAAAUGAAGACAUUUAACAUGAUGGUGGUCAUUAGCAGCUUAGAAAGACCCAUGGUGCUGGGUGGUUGGAUUCCCACUGUAGCAAUGUGAAGGUCUUACAGUGUGUUAGUUGUCCUGUUUGCUGGUACUAGGGUCUGCGGUCAGGGCUUCACACUCCACCUCUGAGCUUACAUCCUGUGCUUUCUGCUUGAUUGCCUUUACUAACCUGGAAUUGUGAUCCUCUGGCCUUCUUUCAAGUGCUGGAGUGCAGGUCUGUGCCACCAUGCCAAACCUAGCCCUGGUGGUUUUAAAUGUCAAGAUUUGCCUUUAAUCAAAUGAGUUCUUUCUCUUAUCACCUGACCCUGCUCUGAGGUGGGCUGAUGUUAUUGGUACCACUGGUACCCAAGUGAGUAGUCCUGGAUUUCUAAGGAUAACUAGUAAGAGGGGGAGAGAGAGUAUCUGUCAGAACUUAGAAGUUGUUGUGAGUAGACAGAAAUUAGAGGAGUUUCCACAUUGGAUAUCACAGUUGACACAGUCUUCAGGGCACUGUAAGGCAGUUUGUGUCUCAGUCUGAGGAUCAGUGACUGGGUCCCAGUAAGCACAAGCCUGCCUGUGUUCAUGACAUGAACUGUUCAACUCACAGCCACCAGUAUUGAUAUCUUAUCAGUCCAUUUAGAAUAUUUUGUUUCAUCUCAAAGAUUAGUUUUCAGUUUAGAUGAGUAAAAAUAAGUGUUAGAAAUAGUAAAUAUGUUACUAAUAUUUAAUUUUAACCUAUUGAAUCAUAUAUCUUAAAUUCUGGGAAGAUAUUUCUUUUGUGUUAGAAGAUUAUAAAAUGCAUUACCCUACAGUUUAUAGUUGAAAAAAAAAGCUGUUUCUUCAAUUUAAAAUGUUGAAAAUGACAUUAGCUUUUUAAAAAAGUUACCUAAAAUAUUAAGACCUUAAAAGUUGUGCGUAUUAGUUCUAGAGUUCAAGCUACUUUGAAAUUAUACCAAGAGAAAUUUUUCUUUUUCCUUUUGAAAGUUACAAGGUACCAAUUGAAAAACAAUGACUACCAUCAUGUUCCAGAGUAAAAUAUUAGGAGGUCCUGCCCUCUGUUGUGAAGUGGUCCCAGCUUCCCUAAGACAGAGUCCCAUGUGUGUACACACUCUCUGGCAAGUGCCAUAGUUACGGGAAAUUAUUUCCAUGAUGAUUUUAUUUUUUUUUCCCUUUUGGUAGCUUGUGGACAUUGUGUUUUAUUUUAAAAUGCAAUUAAAGUAAAAUGUUAGGUACAAAAUGAGGUUCUAACACCUUAUAUUUAGGCAGAGGUCUUUCUGUUGCUUUUCAAGUGUACACCUACUGCUCUCCGUGAUAUUCCUGGUAUUGGGUAUGAAUCUGUAGAAAGAAAACUUUAAAAGAAGGUAUGUAAUGAAUAAAUUUUAAUUUUGAAACAGUCAGUAUAAAUUUAAAACAUGCUAGCAUGGCAUAACUUUAUGAAAUAUAAGAGGGAUGUAUGUAUUAAGUCCUUUUAUACUGCCUAAAUCAACACCAGUCAUCUUAGAUGUCAUAGUCCCUAUUGGCUUAAUGGAGUACGUCAGUGUUAACUGCUUUGUGGACUUUUCUCUGACAGUGGUGAAAAGGCGUGGAGAUUACAUCAUUGAAACAAACAUGAACCCACUGUAGAAGGAAGGGACUUCUGUAGUCUUGCCGCAAGUAAACUAAAUAUGUACAGUGUUUAAAGUUCAUGUACUUAGUACCUGUGUUAAAUGUUUUGGUAGUACUAAAAAAUGAGCAAAAUUGCUAUUUUUCUUUAGUAGUAACAUGAAUCCACUAGCUGCACUGCCCUGCUGAUGGAGAUGAAACACUGUGGCUGUGAGCUUGGGAUUGCUCCAGAUGGCAAAUUAGCUUGGUUUGUAAUCUCAUUUGAAUGUGCAGUGUGAUUCCUGCACUGUUGAUUUUUGGCUUAAGUAAUUACUGAAGAAAUAUCCUCCCCCAGCUCUAAAACUAGUCCUGAGCUCCAUAAUUGGGAUUACCACAGGUGACUACUCUCCACACGCACCUGUUCAUCCAUUUGUCACUACUGGACACUUCGCCCUGUGCAGCAUAUACGACUAAAAACAAAGUAACAAAUCCAGUCUUCCCAGACAACCUCACUGCUGCUUAAGCAUAUAUGUACUUACUCCCAGUUAAUGCCCUGUUGCCUGGGAACUGGGGUUAUUAACAACCGAGGGGUCCAGUCACAUCACCCCUCUCAUACUGCACAUCUGUCGACAACAGUGUGAACACCUGCCGUGACAGCUGUGAGGGCUGUGACAGGUAGUGUCAGACUAGUCCUGGGCAUGGCGUGUGGCAGAUGAGAAGCUGAUGUGGAAUCUUAGACAUCUUUAGAUCCAGUAUUGAUAAGAGCAGUUUUCCAAAACAGAAACAUCUGAGAGGAGGCCGAACAGGCUGCUGCUGUUUCUCCAGUGUUGACUGUGGUGUGCGCUGCUGUCAGUCAGAGGAGGGAUGCGCUGCAUCAUGACACACAGGACUGGUAAUAACGCAGGUCGUGCUGCGCCGCAAGUGUUUGGCGAGUAGAGAUGGAGUCACAAUCAGUUAUAAUUGGGUAAAUUCUCUUGUAACUCUGGGAUUCUGUGAAUCAGGUUGUAAUUUUUUCUUUAAAUACUAAUAUCAGUUGAUGAUACUAACAUUCUUUAUAAAGAUAUAAAAAUAUAUUUUAAAAACUUUUAUGUAUCAUAGCUGUAGCUUUUUAAGGUGGGAAAAUGUCCAAGGAAAGUGUUAGAUGACUAUAUAUAAUGGAUGCAUUCGAACAGAUAUUUUUUUUUUAAGGUAUACUAAUCCAAAUAGCCCAGUAAUCUGGCCUUUAAAUUGUUCUGUGAUGCUGGUUACUCUUAAAGUGUUUUAAGUUCUUUAAAGUAUACCUAAAUUGUAAUAUAUCCCAUGCUAUUUAGAUCUCUGUAGCAUUAACACUGAUUUUGUAGAUGUAUUCUUGGAACUUCAUACUUCACCCAAGAAUACAGAAAUUGUAAUUUUGUGUGUGAUUUCUCACAUUGAUGGACUGCUAAUCACCUUAUUCAAAAGAUGGGUCUUAUUGUUUUUGUUUUUGUUUUUUUCCAAAAUUGAGAUGUUCUUGGAAAUUGCAGGAUUGUGCUAGGAAUGCAGGUUGUGUGUUGCAGACAGUGUGCACAGGAGCGGAUGCUGACAGUAGGAAAGGACUCCAGCCUCUUGAUUCAGGUAGAAUGUUCUCUUUACUGCUUUAGAUUUGUUCCACAGGGGCAAGUUGCUGUGAUUAACUACUUUUUAACCUUUUAAGCACAUUUUAAAAAAAUAAUCUUACUUUUGAUUCUUCCCAUUGUUCUAUAAUCAAAGUUUCAUAAUAAAAUCUCAAAAGAUGAUUCAUCAAGGAAAAAAGCACCACCAACGGGGAAUGAAAAUGUGUUUUAAUCUUAGAGAAAGCAAAUAUUAAGGUUUUAUGGAUGUGUCUUACAUGGGAUGUUGUAUUAGAGUCCUCACAGAAAAUGACAUAGUUGUAGCACCCUAGCAUAGACUUCCUAGACUGGUGUUCAUAGCUACAGUUUUACAAUGUAUAACCUAAAAAUGAAGUUAAUUUUGCAUUAUAAGAGCACACCAUUAUCUAUGUAAAAUCUGUUCAUUUGAUGUAUUUUUUUAAGAAAAGAGAAAGCACUUUCAUAUUAAGUCGCAUGUGUAUGAAUUUUAGACUUCCUGUUCGUAUGUCUAUUCAGUGAGUAAAACGGAGCAUCAGAUGUUUGCUGGCGAUGUUAACUGCUAAUGGAAGCACCUUAUACUCUGCUGCUUAAACUUGCUUGGAUUGCACCUUUGUUACCUGCACACUUUCACAUAAAGUAUUGUAACAAGGCUUUGAGUGGGUCUGGGUGGAAGUUAGUGGUGGGCCUACAGGAUCUUUUAUUUAUGUUGUUUAUAUUACAAUAAUAUAUUGUAGACCAGUUGUAACUUCAGUUCUUUACAAAUAAAAACUUGACUGGUUA